CAAAGAGAACUAAGCGUUGUCACUGCUAGGCAAUUCUGUUCCUCCUUCUGGGCUGGCUCCAGUCCAGUCUAGCCGUAGUUGCCUAGGGGCGAGGAAAGAGGAGAGGUUAUCGCUUUCGUAAAGGAAGCGCUUCGUGUCUUGACCUCUGAGCAGACACUAGAACCAAAAAUCCAGAGCUGCACAGCAGAAAGCUGGAGCAAGGCCUUUCCCACACACUCCUUUGCAUUGUAGCUUGCUAAAUCGCUUAGCCACCCCCAUGUACUGGUCGCUUGCGCACUUCUCCCGCGCGUUUUUCCUACCUCGCGCCAGCGCGAGGCCGACUUCUCCAAAGGCGGGAAGAAACAGUGAGGGGUGAGGAGGGCCUGUUUGGAGGCAAAGCGAUCUGAAGCAGUAGCGCACAAGAAAGAGACGAAGUUGCAUGGGAGAGGUUUGGGGGAGAAAAGUUGAACUUGUUGCUUAUGGCUAUUAAUGACGGAAGCCUUUUUCUCCUCUAGAUAGAUUGCAGAAGUGUCAAAGCCUCCUCUUCACUUUGUGCCAUCUCUGACGUUUCCUUCCCCCACUUCUCCCUCAAGACAAGGUCUCACAACAAUCUUUUGAGCAUUUUUAACUUUGCUUGAAAAACUGUUCCAUUUCAUGCAUGUAAUUAACUCAUCUGUCCUCUCAGCAAUGUAUACUAGUGGUUGCUGAGUUGUUGAAAUUAAGAAAGUAACAUGAAUAAUGCAAAGUGCCAGUCUCUGUUUUUCAUCAGUCUGCCUGAGCUGCAAAAACUCUGUGUUGUGAAAGUUACAGUGAGUUCUCAGUUAGCAGCAACUGAGAUUAGAAUGACACAAAGGAAGAUGUGCAGGCAACUCUUGCUUCUGCAUGAAGAUGUGCUUUCUUCACCUGUUCCUGGAACACUAAAUCAAAUUUCAGUGGUUAUGACGAUAUCCUUUUACAAAUCAGGAAAAAUUCAAGCUUAUAUAGAGAAACAUGGAGCUAUGAUGGCGAGGCCAGAGAGAGUUAUACCAGCUGUCUUUCAGACCUGCUUCUCUUAUACACUUAUAACCAAACUUGCACCUAUGUGGAACCAAGCUGGUCAUCUGUUGAUACAAGGGAAAGAUUUUUUAUCUCUACUGGGAAAGCAAAAUGCAGUUGUCAUGGAGAUCAAUGUAUCAGAGACCCACCUUUGCAUUAGUCUAGAAGUUUGCAUGGUACGACUGCCACCUGCUGAGUUGGAAGAUUUUAACAUUUCAAGAAGUAUUAUAAAACAAUUUGACACGAAUAAGAAUGCAGUCAUUCAAAGACAUUCUAUUUUAAAUAACUGGUGCUAUGUUUUGCCAAGCAUGAAAAUGGGUCGGAUCAUAACUAUUAGCCACAUCAUUCCAUGUGAUUCUACAUUUCGAUCAUGUAGUGAUUUGCAGCUGUAUUGGGAGAAUCUGUAUGGCUAUAUUCUGCCAGAGGAUAUCCAGACAUAUUGCAAUGUUUACUUCAAAUUCAUUGGGGAGCAACUCUUUACAUAUCCUUUAAGUUGCAUCAGAAGCCAGCCAGUGCAGUAUUUUCCAAGAGUAGAUAUUGAAGGUGUUCUCAAUGCUUUUCUUACUGAUCUGAAGACUAUCCUUCCUUAUACAUGUGGGGUUCCUCUUAAAAUGACAAGUAAAGCCUUAUAUGCUACACAGGACCUUACACAAUCAUCUGCACAGAAAAUAAACUCUAAACCUGCCAAUCUCACUGGGAAAAGGAGUUGCAAGGUAACUUCGACUCAUGUAAUUCCAAAAGCAGGUAUGUCCAGUCCUUCCAUGUGCACUACAAAAGAUAGCCACAAGAUGGAGCUCAAUCUGCCCAAAAUAGGUAUUUUCUCUAAUCUCAGUUUACUAGCAAAAGAUGGUAGCACUACAAUAGUGGAGAAAAAAGCUCAUAACAGGGAGCAGUGGAAAACUUCAGAAGAAUCUGCCUUCACAUUGCAUUCAACUGACUUUUUAAAAGUAUCAAAGAAUUUACCUGUGGAUUUUCUAAAAAGAGAUUCUACUAAAAUAAUACCAAUUUUCAAAGGAAAGCUGUUGCAGGUGGAUAGGCAAACAACAAAAGCUAACCAUGGAAAGAAAAAGCAGAAUGUUUCACAAUAUUCAGCAAAAAUAGUGGAAACUAAUGCAGCUGCUAAUUUGGCUGUAUCCAAAGUUAAUGUAGAUCAAGUCAACAAGUCAUUAUAUGAUUCAUCUCUGAAACAUAUUACAAGCAGAACUCUUCAGAUAAAGACUGGAAGAAAAAAUGUAAAACAUGCUAAACUUGCAUUAAAAGAAAAAAAUGAGUAUGGCCAAUGCCUUGCAAAUUGUGCUAUAUCUAAUGAAACAGUUUUAGAUAGGAAUUCAAGUGAAAUCAAAUCCAGAAGACGAAAUGCAUCUUUGCUACCUGACACAUCAGUACAUCUUGCAUCAACUAUCCAUCAGCAUUUGACCAAACCUGAAAAUCACAGUUCCAGUAACAAAGCGAUUAGAAAAGCUGAAAACCAGAGUACAGGGAAUACUGGAUCAAAGAGAACGUAUCUCUGCAUAUCUCACUCAGAUGUAGAAGUAGAAUAUCCCAGAGUACAUCAGAAUCAAACAAGUCCACCAGCAGAAACAAAAAUGAAUGCUUACAGAUUAAACAGUUCAGUGCACAAAUUGGCCCCAAAAGGAGGAGAUCAAAAAGAAUCACAAGGACGAUCAAAUGACUGUAUCAUUAAGAGAGCAAGUCAUCAUGAGCAGUUUAACCAUCAACAGACAAAUGAGUCAUUCCACUGUGAAGAUGUGAACUUAAGGCACAUUUCCUCCAAGAUGAAAACCCAUAGGACAUCCAUACCAAAUCGAAGUGGCAAAAGGCAUCAGAUAAAGAAAGAGGAAGUUAUUCAGAGUCAAAGAAACCAAGAACCAAUAAGCUGCCAGUCUAGAAUAAGAAUGUAGAGGAAACCAGGAACAGUGCAACACUCAAAAGACACUGCUGACCCUUGACUCCUUUUAUGAAUAAGAAAUGUUCUUCAUUUUAACAGAAAAGUUGUUGUUUUGAUUGUUUUGGUCAUCCUUUGAAGAUUUUUUUUUUUUUAAACAUGUUGCUUUGUCAGCUGAGCUUUAUGACACAGUUCUCUGAAUUUAAAUAGAAAAAAUUAAGACCACCUAGUUGCUGUGCUUAUUUUCCACAGUUGAAAGUCUCUGAAAGCUAGUGAAAACAAAACCACAUUUAUGUAAUUGUCUGAAAAAUCAAAAUGGAAAAGCUUUUUAUCAGAAGAUGAACGGUCAACAUAGUGAUCUGUUUUAAAUUGUUUUAUUUGUAAGGUCUUGCGUCUCAUUGAUAAAGUGAUUAGAAAUUA